AUCCUCCUAAAUUAACAAUAUAAUUCCUGCUUCUUCGGGAAAAAAUAGACAAUGGUAUAUGUCUUCUUAAAUUUACAGGUAAAGGUAGAUCAGCUUUCAUGCAUGCACCUCCAAGAUUAGUAUAAAUGUAUAUAUUAGGCAGAUUUAAGAGCAUUUAACCAACUUGAGUUAACUUCCCAUAUGCUCUAAUUAGUAGGAUCUGGAAGGGUAAUAAGGAAUAUAAACAAAAAAAUGACCAAAUGUUUACAUUAAAGCCUCCGGUUGAUGACAGGAAAUGUUGCUACAGGCAUAAAGGGUGUUAUUGGUAUGACUACUGACAGGUUUAGAGCCUGAAACUUUGGGUUGAGAGAGGGAAAUAUGUUGAGUAUUGAACAGUUAAACAUAUGUUGUCCAAGCAAAACUAUUGGUAAAGUUUCAGUGGAUUUUUGCUGAGGUAUUUCCUCUUAUGUUCAGUCAAAGUACGAGUUAAAUCUGCUUUACUCUGCCUCUGUAAACUGUGUGUAUGAAUGCAUGAAAGACAGCACUGACACAUUAGUUGUGCUCCUUAGGAGAGUUGGCAGGGUGAGGUUGGAUUCCUGGUCUCUGUCGGAUCAUGUUGGAGGAAUCCUGCAGACGCCCUUCAGCCUGGGGAAACACGGAGGCGGACUCAGAUGUCACUGUACGCAUUCAUGCCCCGCCUCCUUGGUCCACCUCCGGUCACGUGACUGAUGUAAACAGGAAGUCUUUGAAAAUCAACGCGCCAGAUCCUGAUGCUAACUCACAAGUGAAAGGUCCAAAGGGAUGCCAGCUUCGGAGCAGGUUCGAUUGGGUCGGAAACGCCCCCUGCCCGCCUGCCCAAACCCUCUGUUCCUCAAGUGGCUCACCGAGCUGCGGGACGAUGCCAAAGAGAAGGGGCUGAAGCUGCAGUACACCUACCAGAAGGCCAUCAGCUCUUUGAAUAAGUAUCCGUUGCCGCUUCAAAACGCCAAGGAGGCAAAAAUCCUGCAGAGCUUUGGAGACGGCAUCUGUAAAAUACUGGAUCAGAAACUGCAGCGGUAUCUUAGAGAGAACGGUCCAGACGCUCCUAUCCACUCUCUCCCUGAAGGAGCGCCCCCUCCUGGCCGACAGGACAACAACAGCCUGGAUCCCUCCAGAAAGAAGAAUGCAGCAGGGGAUCAAGGGAAAAACAAAGGAGGAGGGAGGAGGAAGAAGAGGGAAUACAUACCCCAGAAAAGGUCUGGGGGUUACGCUGUGCUGCUCACACUUUACAGAGAGUCGCAGAUCCCAGGAAGCAAAGGCUACAUGUUCAAGAUGGAGCUACAAGCAGAGGCUCAGCAACUCUGCGAUAAGUCCUUCACUGUGCCAGAUCUGGGCAGCAAGUACACGGCCUGGUCCUCAGUGAGCACUCUGAUCCAGAAGAACCUGGUGAUGAAGACCCACAACCCUGCAAGGUUUUCUCUGACAGAAGACGGUCUGGCUUUAGGGGGGCGUCUAGAAUCUUUAGAAGGAACUAAAGAUGGUCCAGAAGGAGACAGAGAGGCCAGGAGUGAAGGAGACGAGGAGGGGGAGGAAGAGGAAGGUGUCGCGGCGGUUGUGGACCUCACUGCUAGUGAUGACGACGAAGAGAAGGAAGAGGACAGAUUACACCCUACAGAGACCUGUGCUGCCCAGCCGAGGAGUGUCGUUCCUGGGAUGUUCUUUUCAGGAAAACCCCAAAACGUACCGAGCAGAAACCCAAACUCAUGGAGUCUUCUUCCUGGCUCCUACGAGAUCAUCCUCUGUGUCGACUUCAUCGAGACCACCGGCGGCAGCAAACACUGCAAGCAAGAGCUGGUGAAAGAGCUGCAGAGGAACGGGGUGAGCUUCGAUGUGAGGAAGCUGAACGUGGGAGACUUCCUGUGGGUCGCUCGGGAAAAGGUCUCACCCGUUCCAGGACAGUUGCGAACCCCCGUUGGCCGUGAGCUCGUCCUGGAUUACAUCAUCGAGAGGAAGAGGAUGGACGACCUGUGUGGCAGCAUCAUCGACGGACGCUUCAGGGAACAGAAGUUCCGUCUGAAGCGCUGUGGUCUGCGUAAACCCUGCUACCUGGUGGAGGAGUGCGGGAAAGCUGCCUCUCACCUGAGUCUACCUGAGACUACGCUGCAGCAGGCCAUAAUCAACACACAGGUCAUUGAUCGUUUCUUUGUGAAGAGAGUCCAGGAUGUGAGGGAGUCAGUGGCCUACCUCACAGUCAUGACGAGAUACCUGAACAAACUCUACCAGAACUGUACGCUGACGUGUCGCUCCAGAGAGCUGGAGGGGGAUGGAGAGGAUGAAGAGGAGGAGGUGGAGGAGAGAGGAUCCCCUUCAUGUUCCCUCAUCUCUUUUGCAGAGUUCAACCACGGUGCAAUCAAAAACAAGUGUCAGACAGUGAAGGAAGUGUUUGCCCGUCAGCUGAUGCAGGUGAGCGGACUGUCAGGGGACAAAGCAGCUGCUAUACUGGAGCUGUACAGCACUCCCCUCAGUCUGCUGACGGCCUAUGAGCGAUGUGCAGGUGAAACCGAGAAAGAGAAGCUCCUCUCAUCCAUCAGAUAUGGGAAGCUUAAAAGAAACCUGGGUCCAGCUCUGAGCAGAACCGUGUAUCAGCUGUACUGCACUCAGGGAGCACUGACGUAGCUUAAAUACACAAAAAUAUGUCAUAUCAUGAACAUUAUUUCACUCAUUCACAUCGUUUUCAUCCCUACUUUACUUGGAUAAAACACAUUUUAGGAUGGAAAUGUCCUGUUGUGUAAAUAUAAACAUGCUGCUAAGUUCUCAGUACCGUAACAUAUUGCUACUUGUAUGAAGAAUUUCACAAUUACCUCCUGAAACUAUAAUAAGGCUGAUCAUUUUGAAUUGUAUUUUCGUUAUUGCUUAUGUUAAACACGAUGUUUUACAGUGCAGUUUGUGACAAAGGGCAGAAAGCACUGUGUUAAACUUCCAGACAUUCAGAAAUUAAAUAAAGGUGUUUUUAUUUGCUGAA